GCCAGUGAGGUGUGUCGCCACCCCCCCCCCUCACCCUGGUCAACACCACAUCUGAACAUAUAAAUGGGAGGAAAUGAAGGAGGCAAAAGUGCAGGGCGAUGGAGCUUAACGCAUUCAAGUGGGUCGCGGCGUUUCUUCUGUCCUGGACCAGCGGCGGCGCGGCGGCCCCGAUGCUGUGCCACUUCAACUCCAGAGCGCCGUGUGUGUUUGAGGGGCGUCACUAUGCGAUGGGCGAUACUUGGCUGGAUGACACCUGCAUGCAGUGCACCUGUCUGCAGCCGGUGGGGGUCGGAUGCUGUGAAUUGGUACAACGGCCGGUGGAUUUCCCCGCUUGGUGCGAGGUGCGAGUGGAGCCGGUGAGCUGCAAGGCAAUCCUUGUCCUCACCGCGGACACGCGCCUGCCUUGCGUUCCGGGGGAGCGCAUGACGGACCCCAGCCACGGGUCGCUUCAGAUACAUAACCAGCUUGCGGGCUUGACACGCCGGCGUUAAAGUGAAACCAAAAGUUAUGCUUUGGUUCAAUUUUUUUUUUCGAUGUGUAUAUAUAUUCAUUGUCUUUUGUUUUAUGCGUCAGAAUUACAAUCUUCCCCCCCCCCCCCCCCCCAAGUAAAUGCUUCAAGCAAGCAUGCUGAACCUUCUAUUUGGAGAAGAGUGCGUUUUUUUUCCAAGUACAAUAUUAUAGAGUGCUA